AUGGCGGGCGACCCCAUAGCCCCCACCGCCACCGGCGCAUGGGGGCAGACAGCCAUCAUCCCUCUAUGGGUCCCCGUGGUCGUCUUUGCGCACGUCUUUGCGGCCUUUUGGCUGCUGAAGACAUGGAUGCUGAACGCCCCGGCGGUGCAGCGGAAGGUGCGCCAGGAGGGGCGCGCGAUGUCGAAGCUCGCGAAGCAGGCGUCCCAGAAGCUCAGGGCGGGCCUGAAGCAGGGCUCCGCCGCGGGCGCCACGGUCGCGGCCGGCAAGGCGGGGCGGACGGAGUCUCUGGAUGACGCCGCCGGCAACGGCGCCGCAGCAGGCGACCAGGUUGCCAUACAG